UUUUUUUUUUUUUUUUUUUUUGCAUUAGCUGAUUUCUCUGUACAUAAAGAAGCGAAUAUGCAGAACGAAUUUGGCUUUUGUGGAUGGAUUCUUACGAUACUUUCCUAUGUCGUCAUCCUUCUUACGUUGCCUUUUUCAGCGUGUUUAUGUAUUAAGGUAGUUCAAGAGUACGAACGAGCUGUAAUUUUUCGAUUAGGGCGUUUGAUGCCAGGUGGAGCUAAAGGACCUGGAAUAUUUUUUAUUGUACCAUGUAUCGACACCUAUCGAAAAGUGGAUCUCAGGGUGCUAUCUUUCGAAGUGCCACCUCAAGAAAUUUUGUCCAAAGAUUCUGUUACUGUCGCUGUCGAUGCAGUUGUGUAUUUUCGUAUAUCAAAUGCGACUAUUUCUGUUACAAAUGUUGAGGAUGCUGCAAGGUCGACAAAACUAUUAGCGCAAACGACUUUAAGGAAUAUUCUGGGCACAAAAACUUUAGCUGAAAUGUUAUCAGAUCGUGAAGCUAUUUCACUUCAAAUGCAGAGCACCUUAGAUGAAGCAACAGAGCCAUGGGGAGUUAAAGUAGAACGAGUUGAAGUGAAAGAUGUUCGUUUGCCCAUCCAACUGCAGCGAGCAAUGGCUGCUGAAGCUGAAGCAGCUCGAGAAGCUCGAGCUAAGGUGAUAGUUGCUGAGGGUGAGCAAAAAGCUUCUCGAGCUUUGAAAGAAGCUGCUGAAGUGAUUGCCGAAUCACCGUCGGCGUUACAAUUACGAUACUUACAAACGCUCAAUUCUAUAAGUGCCGAAAAAAAUUCAACAAUAAUAUUUCCAUUUCCUAUUGAAUUAUUGUCGACAUUUUUGCAUCAUUCGUCACAAAAGACAGAACCAACCCUUCCAAUAACCAAAAAAAUACGUCCAUGCUGUCUUCACAAAUAUCCGGAAUGGGUUCAAAAUCUAGUAGGAAAUUCCCAAGUGCCAGGUCGCCCCAACUCUGCGACACACAGCCACAAGUUCUCAACUCCAUCUAUAACGGCCAGUAGUGGUCGCCCAGUACACCCGUUCAGGUUCGAUCUCUUUAUUUUUUUUACGCUUUUUUUAAAAGCUUCUUUACUUUACUGA